AUGUUGACGGAUACAGGAAUAAUCUUAUCAAAUUUUACCGAAUUGCGUAUCUAUCCAUCGUUCACGGAAAUUUGUCAGCAAUACAAUGCACCUAAAAAUUUCACCAUGUAUUUUUCAAGGGAUGUAUUUGCGAAUACUGUUCGAGGUUCGUUAUCAAUCGAAGGUAUUCCAAUUGAAUCGAAACAAGUCGUCUCCAAAGCAAAUAAUCUUGAAAAUCAAACGAUAUUUGUUCGACGUCACUCAAAUGAAGAACCUCAAGAAUGUCGUGUUAUUCAAGCUAAUGAUCUUCUUUUACAAGAUAUAAAAACAAAACGAUAUUUUCGUGCUCAACGACAUGAACUUGAAUAUCUUACUAUUCCAGAACAG